GUAUAAAAGCAGCUGGGGGCCGCCUGCAGGGCUGUAGCCUGCCUUUCGCGUCUGGGAGAAAGAGAGAGAGAGAGAAAGAGAGGGGUGGCUGCGGUUUUUCCUUAGUCCUUGUCAGAAUGGCAUCAGGAAAUGCUCACAUUGGAAAACCAGCACCUAACUUCCAGGCCACAGCAGUAAUGCCUGAUGGGCAAUUCAAAGAAAUCAAGCUUUCAGACUACAAAGGCAGAUAUGUUGUGCUGUUCUUCUAUCCACUUGACUUCACAUUUGUUUGUCCAACCGAGAUUAUUGCAUUCAGUGACAGGUCGGAGGAGUUUAGGAAAAUUGACUGUGAAGUAAUUGGAGCUUCUGUUGACUCCCACUUCUGCCACCUUGCCUGGAUUAAUACCCCUAAGAAACAAGGUGGUCUGGGUAGCAUGCACAUUCCCUUGGUAUCUGACACAAAGCGCGAAAUUGCUAAAGAGUAUGGAAUACUAAAAGAAGAUGAAGGCAUUUCUUACAGGGGUCUGUUCAUCAUUGAUGAUAAAGGAAUUCUACGCCAGAUCACAAUCAAUGAUCUCCCAGUUGGUCGUUCAGUUGACGAAACACUCCGUCUAGUUCAGGCUUUUCAGUUUACUGACAAACAUGGAGAAGUGUGUCCUGCUGGCUGGCAACCUGGGAGUGAUACAAUCAAGCCUGAUGUUCAGAAGAGCAGAGAGUACUUCUCCAAGCACAAAUAAAUGUGCUACAUUACUGUGUUUUGUACAAGGAAACUAUACUGUAAUUUGUGUAAGGCAAAAGCAUAACUCUGACGUUCUUAUUUAAAGAGUAAUCCCUUUGUGAGCUAAGAGGUUUACAGCCACAUUUCAUGAACCAUUUAUUUCUAAUCAGCCUAACUGACAAGUACCAUGACUCUGGAGUAAAUAGAUUAUGAAUUGAGAAUAGCUGUAAGUCGGGCAAAUUAUGCAUCCUAUUUAUCUGUACUGGCAUAGAUUUUUUUGUGCUCACAUGGAUAAUUAAAGACCAGGUGGUCUUUC